AUGGAGGACGCUGUCGAUGUUGAUGCCUUGAAGGCGAGGCUCACUGUUUGCCGGAACCAACUCGAAAGCAACUCACUCAUCAACACCCCCACACGGAAGGACGUUCUCCGGAAGGAAAUCGACAGCAUAGAAAUGAAGCUCGCCCAGGCACUUGGAAUCAAAGACGACGAAGACGACGAUUCCGAAGAGCCAAUCAAUCGCCAGCCCGCAACCUCCAACAUCAAGAACGAGAUAUCAACAAGCUCCAACAUCAAUAGCGAAGCCGAUGCUGCUACGCCAGAAUCUACUCAUCGACCUCACAUCAACAGUCUCAGUGACACCCCAUCACCUUCCUCUCAGACUGGUGCCAGUAGCUCUGGCUCUAACACGGCCUCCUUGUGCAGCGGUGAAGCUGAGAGCAUCAGGUCGGCUCUUAUGGAUGCUGGUGAGGGCGACAUGGACCUGGAGACUUUGCUCAAGGAGCAAGCCAUGAUGGAAAAGCGACUGGCUGACCUCAAGCGCAGAAGAGAGGAGGAGGACGAGGCGUUUGCUCGGUCCCUUCAAGAAGAAGAGAAUCAAGCCGCCCGCCAGCCCCAGGCCUCCUUUCAGCGCCCUACGCAACCCGCCACCACAGCACCCUCGUAUUCAUUAUCGUCAUCAUCCCAGACCAACCCGUGGAGCUUCAGUCAGUCAAAAACUGCGAAAUCUCAUCAGGAACGCAUGGACGAAGAGAUGGCGAAGCUCCUGGCAGAGUCCGAGGAUAGUGUGUUUGACCUCGCACAAUCUCCUAAAAAGGCUCUGCAACCACAGAGCGACGCCAACCUGCCCACGCAGCCCCAUUCUACUUUUGCGAUUUUCGAGAAGAAGUUGAGAACCGAUCCGCCCUCGGCAUCAUCAACCGUCGGAAGCACUUCAUCAGGUUCCAGCAGUAUUCUAUCGGUCGGAGCAGCGCUUGGAUCGAAUGGAACCGCCAAUACCCUCCUCGCAAACGGAGUGUCCACUCAAACCACACCCUCUCAAAGUCUUCAGAACUACGCAAGGUCUAUUCUGACGUCAGCAGCAAAUUCCACCGCCAAGAAGGCGUCGGCUAUCGACCUUACAAAGACUUCGAUCGACUUGACCAAGAAGGUGUAUGAUGUGUUAAGUUCUGAGGACGAGGGGUUUGGCUAUAGCUCGGCAUACCAAUACGCCUGGAGCCGUCCCAACUUUGGCGGAUAUGGCAGCUUUGACGAGGACGAGGACGAUGAGGAUGACGAUAGUGACGAACACCUCUUUGGCGAGGACGAUGUCGAGAUGCCAGGAUUCUCGGAAUGGGUUUUGAGGCAAUCCAAAAUGUGGAGCCAGCGACAGCUCGACUACGACGGUUACAGUAGCCACAGCAACAUUUACGGCGUUAAUGACUACAGCCGCAACCUGAGUGCAGCCGAGUCAGAGAAGGAGCUUAGGGAUCUGCUCGCCAACAUUCAGGCUGCUGAGGAGGAGAUUGCACCACAGGACCGAACUGGAACUCCGGAGGGUAUGGCGGCUAGCAUUGUAUUGCUGGAGCAUCAAAAGAUUGGUCUGACGUGGCUACAGAAGAUGGAGGAGGGCACCAACCGCGGUGGUAUCCUUGGGGACGACAUGGGUCUCGGCAAGACGAUCCAGUCCAUUGCGCUCAUUGUGUCAAAGCCAACUGAACCAAUUGACGACGCUGUCUUCUGGGACAACAAGGAAACCUACUAUCAUGCCCCACCUCCUGAAAAACUCGUUAAGACAAAGGCUACUCUUGUCGUUGCCCCGGUCGCGUUGAUGUACCAGUGGGCGGAGGAAAUUCGAACAAAGACACAGCCUGGUCUCCUCAAGGUUCAUAUCCACCACGGAUCAUCCAAAAUUACCGACCCGGAGAUGUUGAGACGCUACGAUGGUGAGUAA